UUUUUCCACAAUGGGAGUUCUGUUUAUUGCUGGCAGCAGGACCUGUGGCAGCCCAAUAGGUCCCAGUCCUUCUGCCAGUGUGCUGUGUGGUGGGGAUGGGUGGGAGGGCAGCGGCUUUGGGGUGAGAGCGACUCGACUGAGGUCACCAUGUCCACGAGGGUGGUGGGCAGGAGGGGGUCAGAAUCCCCUCCCCGUGUGCCCUCAGCCUGGCAGAGCCCAGUGGUGGCCCUACUGCACUGUGUGGGUGGAUGGGGGGAAGCUGCUGCUGCCCCAGGGCGGGGCUGUGCUGGUUCCCUGAGGGCCACAUUGCUCUGCAGGGCAGGAAGUGGCAGAGGAAAGCAGAAGUGCUGCAGCGUGGGGCUGCUUUUGUUCCUAACCCCCAUUUCCUCUGUGUGGGGCUCAGUGUGUGCUGAGCUGGGUGCUGGCGGCUCCGGCACACUCAGCACCUGGAGCCCGAGGCAGCAGCUGUGGGGCAGGAUGGGGGACUGGAGCUUGCCCAUCAGCUCGCUGGGAGAGGAGGUGGUGGCCCAGCUCUGUGAGCUCCUGGACACAGCCAGCCGGGGCUGGCGCAAGCUGGCCGAGGUGGCUGGGGCAGAGAAACGCUUCAAGUGCAGUGAGGAGGAGCUGGAGAUGUGCUCGCUGAAGGUGCUGGAGCCCCUCGGCAGCCCCACGCAGAGCCUCCUGCAGCUCCUGGCUGAGCGGGAGUGCAGCCUCCGGUACCUGCGGGGCUGCCUGCACAGGAUGGGGCACACACAGGCCUGCCAGCUCCUCAGCAGUGCUGUCCACGACGUGAUCCGCAUCACGGUGCAGCCGGAGUCACAGGCGGUGGCAGAGGGGACACGGGUGUCCCUGACCUGCUGGGCCACCGGCCCACCAGGGCUCACCUACCAGUGGUUUUGUGGAAAGCAGGAGGUGCCUGGAGCCACAGCCCCGGAGCUGAUGGUCGACACGGCCGCAGCACCAGGACUGCCCCAGUGGUACAUCUGCCGUGUGAGCUGCGGGGCUGCCUUUGCCUUCUCCAGGUGGGCUCACAUCCAAGUGGAGAGGAGUCACAGCCCCAAAUCAGCCAGUGGUUACUGCCCCAGCAUGGCGGGGCUGCAGAUCCUGCAGCAGCCGCAGCCGUGCCGCCUGGCUGAGGGGGACCCUCUGGUGCUGGAGUGCAGAGCCCUGGGCAACCCGCCGCCACAGUACCAGUGGUACAGGAACCGGCGCCCCGUGGAAGGUGCACGGGCACCACGGCUCCAGGUGCAGCUGGUGACGACAGCUGAGCGGGGCACGUACUCCUGUCGUGUGUUCAACCUCUUCCACGAGCUGUGGAGCCAGGAGGUGGAUGUAGAGAUCGGCCCGCGGCUUUUUGCCUCCGGAGCCCCCUGGCAGGAAGGGGAUGGAGGUAGGUGCAGGUGGUGGCACUGUCCCAUCGCUGUGCUCGGGGCCGUUGCCACAAUCUCUCUCUUUGCAGACUCCCCAGAGCCUGGCAGCCCCGACCAGCUGUAUGCCACCGACAAAGUGGCACUGCUGGUGGGCAACAUGCACUACAUGCACCACAAAGACCUGCGGGCGCCCAUGGUGGAUGUGCACGCACUGAGCGCGCUGCUGCGGCAGCUCGACUUCAAGGUGGUGUCACUGCUGGACCUGCGCCGGGAUGAGAUGCAGAUGGCAGUCAAUGAGUUCCUGCUGCUCCUCGACAAAGGGGUCUAUGGAUUGCUGUAUUAUGCUGGACACGGCUACGAGAACUUCGGCACCAGCUUCAUGGUGCCCAUCGAUGCGCCCGGCUCCUACACCUCCGCCCACUGCCUGUGUGUGCAGCACGUGCUGCAGCGCAUGCAGCAGCGCCGCACCGGCCUCAACAUCUUCCUGCUCGACAUGUGCCGCAAGAGGAACCUCAAUGAUGACAUCCUCCCGCAGGUCGGGGCGCUGGAAGUGACGGCCAACAUCGUCUUCGGCUACGCCACGUGGGUCCCCUCUCAUGCACCCUCCUUGCUGUGGGGCCAGCAGGACACAACCCCCUGGGCCGGGGCAGGAAUGGGGUCGAGUUCUGAUAUCUCAGCCCUAUUAGCACUGCAUUUUUCCCUGAUGUAUGGAUAUGCUGUGACUCCGUGGCACCGCUCCGGGCUCCCAGGGAUGCUGUCCUCUAUGGGGUUGGAGAUGCUCGUGGCUGCGCCAACCUCCAGGCAACACCCAGGGCUCAGAGCACCGAUGCUCACCUGGAUUGCAGGGAUUUGGGUCGAGGAUGUCCCAUCCCAGUGGGAUUCCUGCAGCACGGGUGAGGCUUCCAGCACCUUAACCCACCCUUCCCAUCCCCACAGAUGCGCGGAUGCCGAAGCCUAUGAGCUGAGCCAGGGCGAACUCUCCAAUGGUGUCUUUGUCACCUUCCUCAAGCGCUGGCUGCUGGAGGACGAGAAGAUCACAGUGCUGCUGGACAAGGUGGCCGAGGACAUGGGCACGCUGGAGCUGACGCGGGGCCGCCAGGCGCUGGAGCUGCGCAGUAACCUGUCGGAGAGGCGGGCGCUGACCGACCCCAUCCGCUCCUUGGGACGGGCUGAAACCUCUGCCAGGAACCUGCAGUGGGCCAAGGCUCACGUCCUCCCAGAGAGCCGCCACCUCCACUUCGACUGCGGUGUCACUGUGCAGCUGGGCUUUGCUGCUGAGUUCUCCAACAUCAUGAUCAUCUACACCCGCAUCCUGGCCGCCCCUGGGGACAUCACUGAGUGCGUGGCCAAGCUCACCGACCUCCCCGAGGAGCUGGACGUGGACCUGAAGUACACCAACAGGGAGUGCCCCGAGGAGCUGGGCAGCCCCUUGGUGCCCACCUGGAGCCUCGCCUGUCCAUCCUGCUGCCUCUACAGCCGCCUUUGUGGGCUGCAGAGAUUGCGGCAGGAGCUGACCUUCACCGUGUGCCUGCAGUUCCGUUACCGCGGCGUGGCCGACUUUGUGGAGGAGCUGCGGGCGGUGAGUGUGGGGCGGCCGCUCAUUGCCAAACUCAAUCUGAGCCCCCGGGACCCCGGCACGCCGCCCGCCUCGGGGGGGUCCGGCAGCCCCCUGUCCGUAUCGCCCCCCAGCAGCUGGGGGAACAGCCCUGAGGAGAACCUGAGCCCCGAGGUGCACGGAUCGCAUGGGGUGUAAGGGGGCACGUCUGUGUACAGGGCACUGCCACCCCAUAUAGGGAGCAGUGUCACCCUAUGUAUAGGGCACUGCCACCCCACUAUAUGCAGGGCUGUGCCACCCCAUACGCAGAGCAGCGUCACCCCAUAUACAGGGCGGUGCUACCUCAUGUACAGGGCCAUGCCACCCCAUACGCAGAGCAGUGCCUCCCCAUGCACAAAGCUGUGUCACCCCAUAUACAGGGCAGGGCCACCCCAUACACAAAGCAGUGUCACCCCAUUCACAGUACAGCCACCUCAUAUACAGGAAAGUGCCAUCCCAUAUUCAGGACAGUGCCAGCUCCAUGUCCCUUAGCAGGUCAAUGAACCCCAUAUAUAGGGUGGUACCACCCUGUAUACAGAGCAAUGCCAGUCUCAUGUAUCCUCACAGGGCAGUGCCACCCCAUAUGGACACCAUGGCCCCCCCAUGUGCCCCGGCAGCUGUGGGGUGGGCAGGGGGCAGGGCCGGGUGCUGCAGCUCAGCAAGGCGUCGCACCGGGGCGGGAUUGGGCUCAUUCAGGCCUAGGAGAAAUAGAGAGAAAUAAGCAGAUUAGGGGGCAAAUCCCACUGGGGGGGAUGGGAUGGGAGGAGUAGAGGGCUCCUGCAAGGCUGUGGGGUAAAGAUUUUGGGGAACGAUUGAAAUCUGGGGUGGGGGGGAGGAAGAAUGCCCUUCUGCUCUGAUGACGUGAGCGGGGGGCACUCGCUGCUGUGUGCCAACGCCAUGGGGCGGCGGUGGGGGCCCCUCGACCCAAUUAGGGUGGGCUAUGGGGCAGCCCCCUCCCCGCCGCCCGCCCUUUGUUGGCCGAGGGGUGCCCGGGCGUCGCGGCGGGGUCGGCGCCAACCUCUGCCAUUAUGUCAUGCGAAAGGCGCAGCCCCCAUUCAGCGCGUCCCGUCCCCCGGAUCAAACCCCAUUACUUCCACAGCCGUUGCUUCAUUAUCUCCAGCGCCGAGCACGCCUCUGCCCGUGGCCCAUUAGCUGGGCUGGGGGGCCGGGGGAGCAUCGAUUAUGCGUUUAAUGGGUUGUUAAAGGUUUAAUUAUCGCUAACGAAGCAGAUGAGCAGCAGCAGCCGGGGGACGGGGACGAGGAGCCGGGUCCCCACGGGGUCAGCGCGCGGCCCGGAUGGUGUCAGCGGGAGACCCCAAUGCCACCGUGGCCACGGGUGCAGCUCUGCCCCAUGUUUGGCCCCGACCAACCCCAUCUGCCCCAACACGUUCCGUCUUUGGAACCCUGAAGCCCCCACGUGUGCCAUCGUCCCCUUGCUGCCCCAACAGUGCCGACCACACGCCAUCCCCAGCGCCAUCGUGGGGCAUCUCACCACCGCCGCCCUUCCGUCCCCGCUCCUAUCAGGACCCCGCUGGCCCCAUUGGGACUGAGCCCUCCCCCUUCUGCCCAGCAAUUACGGCAGCUUUGUGCCACUGGCACCGCUGGAGAGCAAUUAGGGCCGGAGUGACGGCGGAGCAGAUUCCCCCUGACAAGCAGGCGGGACGCGGGCUGGGAUUCGGUCACCCAUGUGCGGGGACAGCAACGUUUCCCUGCAGAUGCAGAGUGUGGGUGAUGUUAAAGUGGAUUUCCCCAUCGCCGAGCGGAACACCGCGUCCCACUCUUCUCCUUACCAACCACACGCCCAUCUCCCACACCGCACCCAACGCAGCUGAAAAAACAACACCCCCUGGUUGUUCCCUACGAAACUAGAGCGUUUCUGUUUGUGCAUAAAAAAAGAAAAAAAAAAAAAGAAA